AUGAGUGGCAAUCCUUUUCUGUUCUCUCCUUCAAAUUUUGACUUUUCUGGUUUGGAUCAUUAUAGAUCCACUGAUAAAGAUCACUUAGCUCUAGAUGUUCUCGAUUAUGACAAAAAUCACUUCUUCUCCAGAAACUCCCCCAGUUUGAAAUCUCGUAUUCACUUUUAUCGACAUAAAUUGACCACUAGAAAGCAAAUUGGACUUUUCAGCGGCAGACUGAAGCUUUUUGUGCUUGCUCUCUUUGUGUUGAUCACAUUUUCUGCAAUCCACAUUCCAAUCCCUUUCUCUUUGGAUAUUCUAGGUUCCCAUGUCAAAUACCUGCCCUUACGAGAGAAAGUCGAUCCGGAAGAGGCACUCCAUCUGCACGGACUGGAUCUCUCGGUAGCAGAGCUACCUUUUUUCAAUGAUGACAUGAUGUCUGAAUUUAACUACGAUCCUAGACUACCCACCGCUUUGAUUUUGAAGUUAGUGUUAGAUCAUAUAAGUGUGCGUAAUGGAACGUUUGAUGCUAAGUUUAAGGUCCCCUUUAACUGGAAACUUUGGGUGGAUUUGCAUUCAAGGUUAGUUCCAUCUAAUAGUUGGUAUAAUCGAUUUCGAUUACCCUCAGGUCGUUUCGAAACAUGCGAUGAAUUUAAGAGGUUUUUCGGAAUCACUAAGAAUCACUUUGGAACAGACCUUGAUAAUUGCGUUGAUAUCGAGUAUGAUACUCCGGAAGGUUAUCCAAAGUUCAAAGUUUUGCAUGCGGAAGAUAAAGCUCUUCCUUAUGAAGCACGUAUCAUUUAUGGUGCUUCUUACCUUUACCACGAAGCACAGAAUCCUAAAAGGUUGAUAUUUUUAGGAUUGGGCAAGUCCAAUGAGUCUUUGAUCUUACCAGUUGAGGCAAAUGACAGUUCCAACUUAAUGCAAUUCAACCACGAAUAUGCAAGAAGCUUUAACGAUCAACCUUUCGUUUCUCUUGAGGAACUUGUCAAGAAGGUUUCACUGACCUUGAAUUUGAAUAGUGAUAAGGUGCUACCAAUCAAUGAACUGGACGUUAUCAAAGACACCCCGCGCUUAAUGAAUCACAACAACCAGGGACUGAGCAUAGACAAGAGCUCAUUUCAAUGGGAUCUGGAAAGGGAAUUACAGUUGUUAGAACAUAGAACCAGUCAAGUUAAUGACGUGGAAGGCCUUGAUGCGGGUAUUUAUUCAACAAUUCAAUGUGAAAUGCGCUCUAUGUACGAUUUUUCAAAAUACUUCCAUGAAUCAAAAGUCUCUGGUAAAUAUCUUCCUUCUGGAGAGCACUAUGACUGGCGAUUUUUUAAUGGUUUUUACCUUUCUCAGCAGGAGAAUCUAGCUGUCCUGCACAGGUUAGGAAGAGCAUGGCUACGCUUUUCUCGUGCUGCUGGUUUACAUACAUGGAUUGCUCACGGGACACUGUUGGGUUGGUAUUGGAAUGGUCUGAUUCUGCCGUGGGAUCAGGAUCUUGAUGUUCAAAUGACUGUACAAUCAUUGUAUCUGUUGGGAAGGAAUUUCAACAGCUCUCUUGUAACUGAUGUUAGUAUUGAAGAUGGCUACAGCUCAGCAUUGGGACAUUACUAUAUUGACGUUGGAUCCUCCUUCUUUGUUAGGGAUAAACUAAAUGGUAACAAUGCUAUAGAUGCACGUUUCGUUGAUACUGAGACCGGGUUGUAUGUUGAUAUAACUGCAUUGGCUUUUACAGAUCACUUAAAACUAAAACUCACUACCAAAGAGAAAGUUGAGCUACAGAAGGUUAUGGAUCCAAAUGUAAAGGAAAAAUUGCAGUGGAUCAAAAAUAAAUAUUCAACGGCCACGCUACCGGGUGUGAUAGAAACAGAUAGGAAUAAAGUAUCUGAUGCGCUAGAGAAGCAAUUUCAUGAUUUCAAGUUCGACAAUUUUGUCAACAAAGAGUUGUUUCACUGUCGAAAUAACCAUUUCUACAAAUAUGGAGAGGUUGGCCGAUUACGGAGCACUAUGUUUGAGGGCGUUCCUGCCCUUAUACCAUUUGAAUUUGAGUCCAUACUGAAACGAGAAUAUCCUAAAGGUCUAACUUUGAAGCAUUUCUCCAAUCAUUUUUGGGAUCCAGUGAACCGAUUGUGGGUACCAGAAAAGAAGAAAAAAAUUAGACACAUAGAGUUUUCACUUACGAAGGAAGUUACAGAAAGCCACAAGAAAGAACUUGCACAGAUCCAUGGGAACGAAACGGGUAUAACCUCCGACUUCGCAUAUUCUCCUUUCAGAAUAGAUCCCUGGCUGUCUCGAUACAGGAAAAAAAUGACUAGGAGCCAAUAA